CAGCGAGGAGCCUUCCCUCCGGAUCCUCCAAGAUGGAGCCCCUGGCGGCUCAGCCUCUGAGAUGCUCGGGGCCCCGGGCGAGGCUGUUCGCGGUCCUGCUGUCGAUGGCGCUGUGCACGGGGACCCUGUUCCUCCUGCAGCUGAAGUUCCUGAAGCCCAAAGUCAGCAGCUUCUACACCUUUGAAGUGAAAGAUGCCAAAGGCAGGCCCGUUUCUCUGGAAAAGUUUAGAGGCAAAGAGGUCACCCUAGUUGCCAACGUGGCCAGUGACUGCCAGCUCACGGACAGCAACUACUUAGCGCUGCAGGAGCUGCACCGGGAGUUCGGGCCCUUCCACUUCAGCGUCCUGGCCUUUCCCUGCAACCAGUUCGGGGAGUCGGAGCCCCGCCCCAGCAGGGAGGUGGUCUCCUUCGCGAGAAACAGCUACGGAGCCACGUUCCCCAUCUUCCACAAGAUCAAGGUCCUGGGCCCUGAAGCAGAGCCUGCGUUCAGAUUUCUUGUUGAUUCUUCAAAGAAAGAACCAAGAUGGAAUUUUUGGAAAUAUCUGGUCAACCCCGAGGGUCAAGUUGUGAAGACCUGGAGGCCAGAGGAGCCCAUUGAAGUCAUCCGGCCUGAGAUCGCAGAUCUGAUUAGACAAAUGAUCAUUAAGAAAAGAGAGGAUCUAUGACAAUCCCACCAAGCCAUUCAAAGGCAAUAGUCAGAAUGCAGAAAUGUCUCCCCUCUGGUUGGCCUCAUUUUAAAUACUCUGACAAAUGUGGCUCUGAAGGAUGGUUUUUUUAAAUGUUAUCUUACUAGGGAGUGGUAACGAAUGCCCCCACAACAGAAAUGUUGCCCGAAGAAUCAGCGUGAAAUACACUAAAAACUUCAUUUGGCCACACUAAAUAAUUUAGGAUACAGUCACACUGUACUUGAAUACCCCCCUGUCCACUUGACAUUUUCUAGGAUCACACUUGAUGGAAAUGCCAACGCACUAGACCACUGAGUUCAUCCUUGUGUGUGAUGGAAAUUUCUGGAGUAACUAGCUGUAAAUGACUAUUUUAUGUAAUAAAACACAAAAUAAACAUUGUAAAAUGUAUAUACA